CCAGCCUGCCUGCUUUCACCAACCAUAAAUCAGCCUCAUCCACACAAGCCAACAGCAUCAGCCUCGACUCCACACCCUCUCCAGAAGGUGUCGAUGGGCCACCACCAGCUCUGCCACCCAAGCAGUCCAGGAAGAACCUGAGUGAGCUCAUCCUCCUCUCCCACUCUCAGCAGGAUCUGGACAACCACGUCAACGAGAUGUACGAUAUUCCGAUGGCAACAGACAAAACAACGCUCAAUGGGGUUGUUCCUCAUGAUAACCUUGUUCUGAUCAAGAUGAAGCCUGAUGAAAAUGGCAGAUUUGGAUUCAAUGUUACGGGGGGCUCUGAUCAAAAGAUGCCAGUUAUUGUGUCUCGGGUGGCUCCAGGAACAUCAGCUGAUCUGUGUGUGCCCCGGCUGAACGAGGGUGAUCAGGUCGUUCUGAUAAAUGGCCGUGAUAUUUCUGAGCACACUCACGACCAGGUGGUCAUGUUCAUCAGGGCCAGCUGUGAAAGCCACUCAGGGGAGCUCAUCCUGCUGGUCAGGCCCAACGCAAUCUAUGAUGUGGUGGAGGAUAAGCUGGAGAUGGAGCCCGAUUUCCAGUACAUUCCAGCCAAAUCGCCCUCGGACCCGUCAGAGCUGGAUCAGGAUGCUUGGAGAGACUCCAUGCAGCAGCUGAAAGAAGGCCUGAGCAGUGGAGCUCUGCUCGCUCAGUUUGACCAACUCUACCGUAAAAGGCCUGGAAUGACCAUGUCAUGUGCCAGGUUACCUCAGAACAUCUCCAAGAACCGCUACAGAGACAUCUCACCUUACGAUGCCACACGCGUCAUAUUGAAAGGCACAGAUGACUAUAUCAACGCAAAUUACAUCAAUAUGGAAAUUCCAGCUUCGAGUAUUAUCAAUCGAUAUAUCGCCUGUCAAGGGCCCUUGCCCAGUACUUGCACUGACUUCUGGCGGAUGACAUGGGAGCAGGGCUCCUCCAUGGUGGUUAUGCUCACCACUCAGGUGGAGAGAGGACGGGUGAAAUGCCAUCAGUACUGGCCCAAUCCCUCAGGUAGUGCCAUCUACGGUGGCUUCGAGGUUUCCUGUCAAACUGAGGAGGGAAACUCUGCAUUCUUGGUUCGAGACAUGACCCUCACUCACACGGAGACGGAGGAAUGCAGGGAGCUGACUCAGAUCCAGUAUCUGGCCUGGCCUGACCACGGUGUGCCUGAUGAUUCUACUGACUUCCUGGAUUUUGUUGCUCUGGUGCGGAGUAAAAGAGCAAGAAAAGAUGAGCCGGUGGUCGUCCACUGCAGCGCUGGGAUUGGCCGGACGGGAGUGCUCAUCACCAUGGAGACAGCGAUGUGUCUAAUGGAGUGCAGUCAGCCUGUGUAUCCAUUGGACAUCGUGAGAACCAUGAGGGACCAGCGGGCUAUGAUGAUCCAGACCCCUAGCCAAUUCAAGUUUGUGUGCGAGGCCAUUCUGAAGGUGUACGAGGAGAGCCUGGCCAUGCCACUGAAGUCCACGCUGUACAAGUCUGACUAACAGGGAACGUCAGCUUUCACCAACACGUCACCAAGCUUGACCUGCGUAUCCCCAGAACCAGCACCACUGCAGAGCCUUGAAGAAGUGUGCUGAACAAAACGCCGAUUUAUCACACAAUGGUCUCAGGUUGCGCGUUUUUUUUUUUUUUCUGUGUGAUAUUUAUCUCCGAGCAUUUAGCACCAUGUUACAAGGAAAAGAAAGAAAACAUUUUGAUUCGGACAGUUAUGUUUUUGGACGUUCUUCUGCUGUCACGUGGUGCUUGAAUGCUUUGUAGGGCAUGAGAGAUAAAUCAUCAGGCUUUAGGUCACAUUCAGAGUGUGAGAUCAUUUGGAUAAAGCACACUUUUUCAAAAGCACUGUGAAGAUCCAGAGGGGAUGCAUUGGAUGAAAAAAUGAUUCUCGAGCCAGGAUCAUACAUAGGACAUUUAAAACCAAGCACUAUUGCACUUUAUACUGGUAACUGAACAAUUCACCAAGCUUCAUGAAAAUGGAAAAAAAAAAAAAAAAGAAAUUAAAAUUCUGGUACUCAUCGAGAAUUUGAGUGUUCAGAGUGUUUAAGUGUUUUUAUAGUUUUAUAGUGUGAUAUAGAAAUAUACACCCACCCUGUGGUGCCAUAUGUCAGUAGAAAAGGGCAGGCCCGUGAGUGUGUUGUUGCUUUUUAUAUAUAUAUAUAUAUAUAUAUAUAUAUAUAUAUAUAUAUAUAUAUAUAUAUAUAUAUAUAGUGCAAUGCAAAAGUCUUAGGCACCCUAUUUUUUUAAUACAAAUUUUGUUAUAGAUGUUUAUUUUAUCAAUUCUGCAUUAUUAAGUCAUUACAAAAACACUUUAGAUUUCCGAACAUUACACCCCCCACCCCCAAAAAAAAAAAACCACAGAAAAGAA